CCUCUACACUCUCCCCCAAUAUACCAAUACCAAAACCUCAGCUCUCUAUCUUUACUCUCUCUGCCCCCUCUCUAAAUCUCCAUCUCUGGAAGCAUCCGUCUCUAUCCAUGUCUGAGGCUGUAAAAACCCCUACGCUGGAUAAAGAAGUGUUGGCAUCUUACUCUCUGCCCUCAGAAGAGAAGUCUGAUGCAGCAGCUAGCAAAGCUCCUGGUGAGCCAGCUUCUUCAGAAGCAUCACCUAGACAAAAAAGCACAACCCCUGCAAUCCCAUCUCCAGUUGCCGGAAUGCCAGGGCCCUUUGACUUCUCAGCUAUGUCAGGACUGCUAAAUGACCCAAGCAUUAAGGAAUUAGCGGAACAAAUAGCAAAGGAUCCUUCAUUUAAUCAGAUGGCAGAACAACUUCAGAAAACCUUUCAAGGUGCUCCUGCAGUUGAAGAGAGUGUUCCCAACUUUGAUCCACAACAAUAUUAUUCGACGAUGCAACAAGUAAUGCAAAAUCCACAAUUCAUGACAAUGGCUGAAAAACUGGGUAAUGCAUUGAUGCAGGACCCAGCCAUGUCCGGCAUGCUUGAGAGUUUUACUAACCCAACAAAUAAAGCCCAGCUUGAAGAGAGAAUGACUAAAAUCAAAGAUGAUCCAUCGUUGAAGCCUAUUUUGGCUGAGAUUGAGAAUGGCGGUCCUGCUGCUAUGAUGAGGUACUGGAAUGACAAAGAUGUUCUCCAAAAGUUGGGUGAAGCCAUGGGAUUUGCUGUUGGUGAAGGUGGUGCAUCUGGUGUUGAUGCUUCUGCUGAAGAAGAGGAGGAAGGAAAUGAUGAGGAAUCUAUAGUUCACCAAACUGCCAGUGUUGGCGAUGUGGAGGGCCUGAAGAAUGCUCUGGCUGAUGGUGCUGAUAAGGAUGAAGAAGAUUCGGAGGGAAGGACGGCAUUGCAUUUUGCAUGUGGAUAUGGAGAGAUCAAAUGCGCCCAACUUCUUCUGGAGGCAAAUGCAAAGGUGGAUGCCUUGGAUAAGAACAAGAACACUCCUCUUCAUUAUGCUGCCGGUUAUGGCAGAAAGGAGUGUGUGGAGCUUCUAUUGAAGAAUGGCGCUGCAGUCACGCUCCAAAACCUGGAUGGUAAGACCCCAAUUGAAGUUGCUAAAUUAAAUAACCAGAAUGAGGUGCUAGCCUUGCUCGAGAAAGAUGCAUUUCUAUAAGCCGAGAUGCAUGGACGCUGUUCUGCAUGCUCUCGUGCAUUAUGUUUGAGUCUAGGAGCUGGAGUGCGACCUUCCAGAUUUGGCGUGCUACUCAGUUUGUAUUUGGUGACAUAUCUUCAUCAAUAUUUCUAGCUUCUUUUAUUUAUUUGUAUGAAACUGUUCCUUUUCCAGAGUUGAUACUCACUGCGCCAUUUCAAGCGGUGAUAUUAGAUGCUGCUAUGAUUCCUGCUUAAACUAACGUUGAAAUUUUUUGCUGUU